AUGCAAAGGGCGUGGCCUGGCUGUCUUGCAACCAAGCGGUGGGUCCUCGGGGCCGUGACGCUGGCCAUCGGCGUCCCUGCGGCCAAGGGCGCCCAGGCGCAGGUGCCCUUUGGCCCCGUCGGCGGUGACGUGACCACUUACUACGACGGCAUCGUGUACCGCGUGCAGCUGCGUUACACAGGCCUCAGUGACGUGCAUACCAAUGUUGCCGAGCUGCGUGACUACCUCGGCGUGCUCGCGGUGGACUGCGACGCCGGCCCCGCCUUCGACGCCACCACCCUCGCGGCCUGUGGCGCUGAGUCCCCGUACAAAUGCACCAGCCAGGCCUGCCCGGGGGCGCGGUGGGUGGAGGUCGCGCUGGUGAACAACCUGGGCAGCCAGCGGGUCUUGUUCAACCUGCCCGGCGGUGGCCCGCAGGCGGCAUGGCUGAUCUUGACCCUCACCGUGCGCAUGCAUCCGAGCGCCACCAGAUGCGGGGCCCCCACGGUAUGCGCCCUUGACGUCGGCAAUGGCGACGUGUUGGGCAGCCCGCAGACCUCGGGUGGCGGCGAGAACACCGCCUGCCAGAGCGCCGCCCGGCCCGUGUUGACCGCGGUGUGGAUCGGCCCCACGCCCCCCGUCCAGGGGCACAACGUUGCUGGGGCAAGCCCUCGCCGAUCCGGUUGCGUUCGCAAGCAACAUCGCCUGCGCCCAGGCCUGUGGGAUGGCGUCUUUGCCGCCUUCGCCAGCGUCACGGCCGUGGGUGGCUUUCUCGCCCAGCUGCAGGUGGCACCAGUCGGCUUGCCCGACCCGCCCUCCGGCGACGUGGCGGUGACGCUGGGCACGCCGCCCCUGGCGACACCUGUGCGCCUCGGCAUCGAGGUCGAGCGGGCGGUCACGCGCCUCAGCGUGGCGCUGAGCCUACCGGGGCAGGCGGCGGUCGCCAGGGUGCUGGUGGCCGCCGCCGUCGAUGGCGCCACCAACGCCAGCGGCGGCGAGGAGCCGAGCCGCGCUACCUUCGAGCGCAUCGCGGCGCCUUUGUGCGCCGAGACCGCGCCCGAGGUGGUGCUCGCCGUCUUCCCCGAGGUGCGCAUCGUGCUCACCAGCGACGUCGCCGCGGUGUGCCCCGGCAACCUGGUGCACCUCAGCGCCAAGAUCGACCAGCUCGCCGGCGGCAGCCUGGGCGACCUGCGCUUCAGCCUGCGCCCCGGCGCCGGCGUCAAGAGCCUGUGGCCGCUCCGCAGCGUCGCCGCCGGGGUGCAGGUCGAUGCGGUGCCCGACGGCUUCGCCCUCCCCAGCGCCAGCGACUCGGCGGGAGCGCUGGGCUGGGUUCUCAUGGCCGGUGGCGGCCUGGGCUACGGCAGCCUGGCGGGGACCUUGGAGGCGGCGCGCGGCAGCGCCAGGGUGGCGCCCUCCGUGCUGCAGAUCCCCGGGGCGUGUGAACCCGACUUCGUCCAGGCCACCCUCGCCGGCCGGGCGUUCGUGGACGAAAACGGCGAUGGGUUCGCUGGCCCAGACGAGGCCGGCCUUGCGGGGGCCAUGGUGGCCCUGUCAGCCGGGGUGGACGCCCGCACCGACGCCAUGGGCCACUACCACAUCACCUGCCUUGCGCCGGGCCGCCACGCCAUCAAGCUGGACCCACCGCCCACGCACCCUGCAUGCAGCCUCGGACGAUGCUUGGAGUGUGCUGGAAUCGCACAUUCUGGGGUGACUGCUGCGGCCCAUCUGGAUUGA